AUGACGGACUCCAUGAAAUUUGGUCCAGAAUGGCUGCGUAACCUGUCAGGAGACAGUUGUAAUACCACUGGAAGCGGUGGAGGGUCUAUGAGCCUUACCAUCCCACGCUACCAGCUGGCGGAGCAUAGAUACGGUCGAGAAGAGAUGUUGGCUCUAUUCGACCCGAAUUAUAAGCCUCCCCAACCAUUGACCACCUUCCCAGCUCUCUACGUCGAAAAAGCUCAACCACCUCUGGCUCUUAUACAGAUGGCAGAGGAUGAAACACGCUUAUGGAAUGGAGGCGUAACUAGUGCAGGAAGUCGUGGAAGAGGAGGUAGCGUGGAUCGUGGAGGACGUGGGAGAGGUGGAAGAGGUGGUCUCUACUCAUCUCAUUAUUCGCGCGGAAGUUUCGACGAAGCAGGAGAUGGGCCCAGAGCCGAAACACAACCUUUUCCGAGUCGAGGCAGACCAUUCGACAGGUCACAAAGUGAACGAGGCUGGUCAGAAAGAAAUGGCGUUACUGACCCUGGAGAAUGGAAUGGCUCGACCAGUCCCAGGAAAGAAAUAGGACGGCCUAGUGGCGGUUCUUUAAUGGAAAGUAACUGGAGACGUCGAAACGGCGAAGAUGAGGAGGGCUGGCGUGGCGCUUCUAGUACUCGUAAUGAAAAAUGGGUUAGAAGCAGUUGGCGCGAUGGGGGUGGUUCCGAGAGGGAAAGGUUGGACUCAACCGAAGGGCACCCUGAGGAAGGUAGAAGCGGUGGUCGCUGGGAACCUAGAGGAAGUCACAGGUCCUCUCACGAACCUCAUCACCCUCCUCCUCGCAUCUCACGAACGUGGGAGUCCAACCAUCACGACAAUCACGAUAACCUACCCGAAUGGGCUACAGAGAAUUUGAGCGAAAGCGGAGGGAGCUUCGACGCUUCGGGGGCGUUUCAUGGCGGAAUGUUCUCCGACGAGGAGGAGGAUGGUACCGGAGGUGGGACCUCUCAGGAACCCAGAAAUCGGCAGUCCCUUUCCGAGGGGAGCGCAACGAGUACCUCGAAACCUAGUAGUAAACACUUGCACUCCAGCAAUAGCAUAAAUCAGGGACAGGCAACUGCCCGCCAUACGAAUACCACGACCGGCGUUCUAAGCAGGGAAAGACCGAAAUCGCUCCAUCCCUUCGAGGGUAAGGACGCGUCGACGGAGCGUGGGAGGAGCGUUUCUCCGCCAAAGUCCACCGCCCCCUCGCUCGGUGAUGCUACGACGAAGGAAGGGCUUCCUGAGGGUGGAAAGACAUCCGGUGGUGGGAGCAGUGGUAGGAUCACCGAGAAGAAACCUCAACCGAGCGUCCAAAGAUCCAAGUCUUCGGUGGAGUUAUCAGCGAAGGCCGCCAAAGCGAACUCGGAGACUCGUCCCAAAGGGGAGCCCACAGUCGCUUCAUCGGGUCACCAACCCUCGUCGCAGUCGGAAUCCCAGAAGCUCGGUAACCUGGCAACCGGGAACAUGCGGCAGAGGUCGGAGGACGAUCUGGACAGGAUGAAAGAGGAGGCUGACGCGCUGGUGGCGAAACUCAUGGCCGACGAGGAGGGCCACAGAGGGAAAACCGCCGGAGCCUCCACUGUCGGAAACCAGGUACCCCAGAUGGCUGCCACCUCGGGGCAAGAGAAGUGGUUCUACCAGGAUCCGCAAGGCGAGGUCCAGGGCCCGUUUCUGGCUUCGGAAAUGGCCGAGUGGUGCAAAGCCGGGUACUUCACUGCUGGACUUAUGGUGAAGAGGACCUGCGACGAGGGCUACACGAUGUUGGGUGAUCUGACAAAGAUGUGCGGCAGAAUCCCGUUCACCCCGGGCCCAGUUAUACCUCCAUUGAAAAUGGCUAAACAGGUGAUACCACCCGUGCCGACCGUACCCAGUACGGUGCCAGCCGGACUUCCUGGUGCUGCCUUGUCCAAGACGGGAAUGGAGGAUCCGCUGCUCUUGCUGCAGUAUCAGCAGCUACAGUUGCUGCAGAGUCUGCAGAAUCAACAGAUGCUGCUUAGGCAGCGGCGAUCCGCGGUCAUCGCGAAACUUUCUCAGUCGGAGCAUUGGGCUACCCUGAACCCCACCGAGCAGAACGAGCUGAUCCUGCAGCAUGUUUUUCAGACCAAUGAUGAACCGGAUCUGCACGUUCCGGCGAAUCCCUUCGUACCUCCCAUUGCCUCGCAAGCUCCGAAUCCCGUGAUGCAGCUGUUCACGCAGAUGCAACGGGCGCCGACCGAGAACCAUUUGCCGCCGAGUCUUCACAGUGCAGCGACCACGUCUAUGCAACAGCUCAUUCAGCAGAUGGGUGGCCUGCAAAAUCUACCUAGUGUUCAACAGCCGAGUGUAACGACUGCGACCACGCCGGCGCCGGAGGAGGAUCCGAUUAAAUCGUUAUUGAGGCAGCUUAAUGUCAACGUUAACGGACAUCCGAACACGCAGAUGGAAUCCGUCUGGCCGCAGACUGCGCCCCAGGUUACGCCGCAGUUUAGUGCGCAGAAUUGGCUAGCUCAGGUCGGGCCCAUUCCUGCUAUGCCACCUGGGCAAAUUCCCAGUUCACUGUGGGACUUAUAUACUAAGGAAAUGAAGACUGAACAACAAAUAUUAGAAGAGCAGAAUAUUAGGUUACAAGAAGAUAGGAAAAAAGAAGAGCUUAGAAAACAGGACGAAUUGAAGAGGCAAGCUGAGGAGGAGAACUUGAGGAAGAAGGAGGAGGAGCGGGUCAAACAGGCUGAAGAAACUAAGCGCAAGGAGGAGGAGAAAAAGAGGAAGGAGGAGGACAAAAGGCGAAAGGAGGAGGAGAAGCGUAAGCAGGAGGACGAACAGCGGAAGAAGGACGAGAAGAAACGCAAGGAGGAGGAACGGAAACGCGACGAAAAGAGGAAGCUAGAGGAGGAGACGAAUAGGAAAAAACAGGAGGAGGAAAAGCGAAAGAGAGAGGAGGCUAAGAAACUGGAGGAGAAGCAGAAGAAGGAGGAGGAAAAACGAAGAAAGCUGGAGGAAGAACAGAAAAAACUGGAGGAGGAGAAAAUCAAAAAGGAAGAGGAAGCACGUAUAAAGGCGGAAGCAGAGGAUCAGGCAAAACGCACGGAGCAGCGAAGACGCGAAGCUGAAGCUCUUCGGAAAUUACAGGAGAGAAGCAAGGCACCCUGGGCUCAGGCUCCUCAUGCUCCACCACCAGCUGCGCAUGCUUCGCUUGCUGAAAUUCAAAGAUUGGAACGCGAGAAGAAGGCGGAGGAACUGAGGCUUCAGCAAAUCACGCAACAACAACUGGCACAACAGAAGGCAGCGGAAGCGGCGCAAGAGGCAUCCGCAACGGAUUCUUCAAAACGCCUGCAAUUUAAGUGGGCCGAAAAGGCAAUCCCCUCCGGUAAAGCGCCUCAAGUGAAGAGUCUGGCGCAGAUUCAACAAGAAGAACAGGAGCGCCUAGCCAAGGUGAAGCAACAGGAAAGGGAACGGCAGGAGAAGUCGGGCCAAAAGGAGGCCGCUGCUGCUCUCCAAAACGCCGGGAUAUGGGGAACGGCUUCCCAGUCGCUGACGUGGGCCACGUCCAGUGGUACCAACAAUCACCCAUGGGCCAAUAGUUAUGGGGCUGGUGGUUUUUGGGACGACCCCACCGUGGCCAAGUCCACGACGAACGCCAAGCAGCCUGGGAAGCCUACUCCAGCGACGAAAAUUUCGCAGAAUCCCCCUCAGCAGCAGCAACAGCAGCAGCAACAACACCAGAACAACAAAGUGAGCAAGAGUAGAAACAAGCGAGAGGAGGAACUGGUGAAGAAGCUCUUCGAGCAAAACACUGCCAGGCCCGACGACUUCACCCAGUGGUGUACCAAAGCCCUGAGUGGUAUUCAGACGUCUCUCGAUAUUCCCACCUUCAUUGUAUUCCUUCGAGACAUCGAGCCGGCAUACGAGGUCAAGGAGUACGUUCGCAUGUACCUCGGCGAUGGAGUGCAGUCCAUGGAAUUCGCGAAACAGUUUCUGGAGAAGCGUAGUAAAUGGCGAUCUUCUCAGCGCCCACAAGCUCAAGCCGACGAUCUCUGCAAGCCGGCACCCGCUGUCAAUCCAAACGCUCCUGCCGAGUUUCAGGAAGUUAAGAGUAAGUCGAAGAAGCCGAAGAAGGGAAAGAUGUUCAAGGUGGACAGUAGAAUCCUCGGUUUCAGCGUGACAUCGGCUCCUGAUCGCAUCAACGUCGGUGACCGCGACUAUGGGGAGGGAAUUUGAACUGAUCGUAUCGUCGAGGUAUCCGAUUGUCGAGGACGAGGACGCUCGGUUUCUCGAGUGGUUCGUUAUUUAUUUAUUUGUAGCUGCUAAAAGUGGAUUCCAAGACGCUCGGGUCGGGAGGCACUCCGAGUAUUAUAGGCAAAUUUUCUGUGAAAAUUACCCUGGAGUCACCCCUGAUAGGGGUUCAGAUGCGAACGAGAGCCUUGGAAGCCAUUUAGAGCGUAACCUUUCCUCCUCUAGCCCCGAUGAGACCGACAGAGACGUUCAAAUGCCGCGACACCUGUAGAUGUACAUAGAGUAACGGCGUAAUGGUGGCACUCGACGAAAGGUGGCGUGGGAACCGUUUGAGACCACUACCAAUGGACCUCCUGUAUACUUGAGUUUCCUCGAUCACACUUCAUCUCCCUGUACUCUUUAAGUGAAUUAGAGUAAUUAGAUCGCUUUGGUAUUUGUACACGCAGGAUGUCGUCGGGUCACGGGUUGUACACGCGGUAGGUGCUCUGUACAUAUGGAUGCGUUUCGACCUCUUGGUUUCGCUGUUAUUUUUUAACCACCUCUGAAUGUUGGUCCCGAUGUCGUAACGUUGCACGUUUUCGAGGGGAUCCUAAAUUGACUUUCUACCGAGCGAGCUUAUCGACGAUGUAGUUUCUCAUUUGUUUUCGGAACAAGAGUCGGUUUCAAACUCAUCGUUUUGUCAGUUUGGGUGAGUGUCUCACAUCUCUGACGGUGGAUUAUUUUACCAGAAUGUAGUUCCUUUGGAUUAAAAUCGAAGAGAAGUGAGAAAUCAUAUUACCUCGGUAGACUUACCUGGUGAAAAGUCAAAUCACAUAUCCCAUUAACGGUGUACACCUUGCGAUCUGUGCGACUUUUCUGUAGAUUGCAAAUGUCUGGCCGCACUUGUGGUUGUAGUUUCAAGAGCGACGUCAGUACCCGCGAUUUACGUUACUCCUUCUGCCGAUUGACUAAUAAUGAUCAGUAUCGACUCCACACUCUACAUUCUGCUGAAAGGAUUAGUCGUCCGAACGAGUUAGCGGCUGUUUACGUUACCGACAUCACCUUUACUCACGCAGUCGACUCUUAUGCUACGGUUAACCUUAAAUCUGUUAUUAAUUCAUACUUUUAAACGUUGACGACUGUAGGCGUUUCGUUGUUUUGCCAUGUCUUCGCGGAAGCACGUUAUUUUUGAUAAUUCUGUACAUAUUAUAUUAAUGCAUGUAAUUUAAUCGGAUCACUCAUCGAGUUAGCCAUUCGCUCUAGGAAGAAUAAUUACAAUUUACCCCUCCAGUGUACGAAGCCGACAAGGUUUCCUCAAGUAAUGGAAUUAAAGGAACUCGGGCUCUUGAUCUAUUUCGGUACGAAACACAAAGGAACUCUUCGUGCUUAUUCAAGAGUGUUUGAAAGUGACGUUCUACUAGGUGAAUCUUGCACCGAGUAAUAAAAUAUGAUAACUUGUAGACAGCUCUAAUUAUGCAGGGGAAAGAGCAUCUUGUGAAGUGACACUCGAGAGAUUAAAGUACGAACACUUAAAAAUGCAAUUGAUACCUAAAUCGUACAUUUGUUACACGCUUUUGUACUGCGUUCGUAAAAACAGAAUACACGCGCAUCACAGCGAUUGAAAUUUAUGGUGGAAUAUGGGAAAUGAUUUGACAUCUGGUACUUUCCAAUGAAAUUCAUUAAUGUCAAGUUGGCUGCGUUCCCAUCACAGAUGCCUCCGAUCGUGUCUCGGUAGUAUUAAACAAUCAAUUUCUCACCGACAAUUAUUGUAAAGUAUUUUACAGACACAGAACACUUGUUCCGGUAAAGAACCUAUUUUCGAUAUGUUAACCAGCUCUGAUUCGAAAGAAAUGGACCAUUACUGCUCUUCUCCAUUGAGACGAUCCCUCUUUAAUGGACUUAACCUGUAAAGGGAAACGUGACUUAGUGAAUUUCGUUAAAAAAUUUCUCAACCCGUUUGCUUCAUUGAAAUGCUCAACGUAGUCAUAAUAAUGCCGAACGGAAGAAAGAAACGUUACUUAAGAUAAGUCUAUCCAGCCGAAGGAAACGAGAGAAUACCAUUUUAGUAUUUAAUUUUUAACAGAUUUAAGAAUGUUUUCCUGGAUGUGACUAAUGAAUACCUCGAUAGCACGGCACCGAAGAUUUAUCGCGGACGUGGAAUGUUCCAUCAGAUCUGAUCGUUCAUAAUAAUGUAAAGGUUGUUGAUCGAGGAUCGUUGGAUUUCUUUCGAGCUUGGUUUUAGCACUCGAGCCAUGCUCGAAGGGAGUACGAUGAUCCUUACCUGAAAGAUUUAUAUAUGAUAGAUAAAUGUACAAUAAUUCAGUGAUUAAACGAGCAGAAUAAUGAUUGAUAUUGUAUCAAUAUUAUUAUUAUUGUAUCUAACGUACAACGUAAUGGAAUAAAAAAAAUUAUUAUAUUUUCAAUUUGGCCUUUUCAAUUGGUUCUCGAGAUUGUGUUGCACUUUACGCGGUUCAAAAUUCCAAUUUUGUUUGGCAAAGAUGAACAGGGGCGCGCGCAAUUUAAGGUUACCUCGAUAAUGUGUGAUUGUACAUACAUAACACGAUGUCGGAUUUCUCAUAACCUGUCUUGACCCUUUUCGGGUUUCGUGUGUAAUUCCACGGUGGCAGGAGACAUUGCAAUAUCAUGUAUCUUGAUAGGCUACGACGACAAGUAGAACGCUGUGCGCAUCAUAGGAAACAAGUAGGUAUUGUAUAAGCUUCGCAAUUUUGAGGAACUGAAACUAUUUCCACGUUCAGUUCUUUUUGGAGUACAGGUUAUUGAGUCACCUCGAAGGGGACGUACUCGAGUGAGAUGGAGCGACUAUCUCUUUGUACAUUAUAUAUUUGUAAAAACGUGAAAUAAAGUUUGGAUUUGUUUAUA